GCUGCUUGGAGAUAUUGCCCUGGUGUAUCGCGUCUAACAAAAAGUUUUGAGCACGAGACUCAAGGCCACUCUAACUCGACAUUUGCACGACCUGUCAACGAUCUUUUUGCUGCAUUCUGGAGUCUUUUGGUCUACUAGCAAAAUCAAAGACCCCAAGAGAUCUAGGGAAGAACUUUCGCUUUCGCAAACAUGUCCUUCGGCGGACAAACCCCGACGAUUAUCGUUCUCAAAGAGGGAACCGAUCAAUCGCAGGGUCGUGGGCAAAUCGUCUCCAACAUCAACGCAUGUUUAGCGGUACAAAACACCAUCAAAAGCACAUUAGGACCUUACGGCGGUGACCUGCUUCUCGUAGACGAGAAUGGCAAGCAGACGAUUACCAACGAUGGUGCGACGGUGAUGAAAUUGCUGGACAUUGUUCACCCGGCUGCUCGCAUCCUUGCAGAUAUCUCUCGAUCACAAGACGCUGAAGUGGGAGACGGGACUACCUCCGUCGUCGUUCUAGCUGGUGAAAUCCUCAAGGAAAUCAAAGAGUCGGUUGAGCAGGGAGUGAGCAGUCAGGUCAUCAUCAAGGGGCUUCGACGGGCGAGCGCAAUGGCUGUGGCGAAGAUUCGUGAGAUCGCUGUGGAGACAAAUACGACCAACCAACGGGAGACGUUGAGGAAACUUGCGGCGACGGCGAUGAGCAGCAAGCUGAUUCACCGCAAUUCCGAUUUCUUCACCAAGAUGGUCGUUGACGCAAUUCUUUCCCUGGAUCAGUCAGAUCUCAACGAACGACUCAUUGGUAUCAAGAAGAUUACUGGUGGAUCUCUCGAGGAAUCGCUUUUCAUCAACGGCGUUGCGUUCAAGAAGACUUUCGCAUACGCUGGUUUCGAACAGCAGCCCAAACAAUUCACGGAUCCCAAGAUUGUGUGCCUGAACGUCGAGCUGGAAUUGAAGAGCGAAAAGGACAAUGCUGAAGUGCGCGUCGAGCAGGUCUCGGAAUAUCAGGCCAUUGUGGAUGCUGAAUGGCAGAUCAUCUACGAUAAAAUGGAGGCUCUAUACCAGACCGGCGCAAAGGUUGUUCUCUCCAAACUACCAAUUGGUGACCUCGCCACGCAAUUCUUCGCCGACCGCGAUAUUUUCUGCGCUGGUCGCGUCGCUUCGGACGAUCUCGAACGCGUAUGCCAGGCGACUGGUGCCAGCACACAGUCCACUUGUACGGAUCUCCAAGAGCAACAUCUCGGCACAUGCGCACGCUUCGAGGAGCGACAGAUUGGUGGCGAGCGCUUCAACCUCUUUUCAGGGUGCCCGAAGGCCAAGACCUGUACCUUGAUCCUCCGAGGAGGCGCAGAGCAAUUCAUCGCAGAGGUGGAGCGCAGUCUACACGAUGCACUGAUGAUUGUCAAGCGCGCCAUUACCAACACCAGCAUUGUUGCUGGAGGAGGUGCUUGCGAGAUGGCGCUUUCCGCCCACUUACACUCUUUUGCGGACGAGAAAGUGCCACACAAGCAGCAAGCCAUCAUCAAAGCUUUCGCUAAAGCGCUUGAAGUUAUUCCUCGCCAGCUCUGCGAUAACGCGGGUUUCGACGCCACGGACAUUUUGAACCGUCUCCGCGUCGAGCACCGUCGUGCUGGACGACAACAAGCAUCCCAGCAACAAUCGCAACAGCCGUCACAUCAAAGCCCAGUGGUUUGGGCCGGUGUUGACUUCGACAACGAAGGCAUCCGCGACAAUUUGGCUGCAUUCGUAUGGGAGCCUGCGCUUGUCAAAAUCAACGCAAUUCAGGCUGCUGUCGAGGCUUGUUGUUUGAUUCUCAGCGUCGACGAGACGAUCACCAACCAGUCGAGUCAACAGCCUCAAGCGCCUACAAGGGGUCUACCUCCAGGUGCUGCGCAAAGGGCGGUGCGUGGAAUGGGAGGAGCGGGACGAGGACGAGGAUUGCCGCGGAGGUGAUCGUACAGUCUCGUUGGCAAGCGAUGCAUCGGAUUCAAGGACAGGCUCUCGAGGUGGAGGAAUGGGCCACUGCUGUUCAUUGGAUUGAAUCGACGAAGAGAUGAAUAACGCUGUGCCUGAAAUGAAAUUUAGACGAAUCAACCCCAUUUUGUUUCGUUGUUCGAAAUGCUUUCUCCACAUCGUCGAAUCGGAGGAUCUCAUGUCGGAGCAUUUAUUCUUCAAGUGACGCUUCUUGCCGUUGGGACCUGAGGCCAAGAGUAAACAUUGUAAAGGUGACGGGCGUCUAUUUCGCGAACCCUGGAAGUGGUUGCGACGCACUUAAUGAGACGUUUAUCUUAUACCUGAAUUCUGCUAUCCAGUCUCGC